CCGAGCCGGGGCGGACGCGGGCCGGGGACACGCGCGGGUAGCCGGGCUCCGCGGCGGCCACAGGAUGGCCGAGGCUAUUGGCUGUACUCUGAACUGCAGUUGCCAGCGCUUCAAACCAGGGAAAAUAAACCACCGUCAGUGUGAGCAGUGCAGACACGGUUGGGUGGCCCACGCCCUGAGUAAGCUGAGGAUCCCCCCAAUGUACCCGACGAGCCAGGUGGAGAUCGUCCAGUCCAACGUGGUGUUCGACAUCAGCAGCCUCAUGCUGUACGGGACCCAGGCCAUCCCCGUCCGCCUGAAAAUCCUCCUGGACCGGCUCUUCAGUGUGCUGAAGCAGGACGAGGUCCUCCAGAUCCUGCACGCCCUGGACUGGACCCUUCAGGAUUACAUCCGCGGCUAUGUGCUACAGGACGCGUCGGGGAAGGUGCUGGAUCACUGGAGCAUCAUGACCGGCGAGGAGGAGGUGGCUACCCUGCAGCAGUUCCUGCGUUUCGGGGAGACCAAGUCCAUUGUGGAGCUCAUGGCGGUGCAGGAGAAGGAGGAGCCGGCCGUGCUCAUCCCGCCCCCCACGGCCAACGUGGACAUCAGGGCUUUCAUCGAGAGCUGCGGCCACAGGGGCGCUGGCCUCCCCGCAGCCACCGGGGACAAGGGAAGCCCCAGCAGCGUGCACCCCUUCGAGAGCCUCAUCAACAACGUGACUUUCAUGCUGCCGUUCCAGUUCUUCAACCCCGCGCCGCCCGCACUGUUGGGGUCGCUGCCCGAGCAGUACGCCUUGGAGCAGGGUCAGGACCCGAGUCGGGACCCCAGACCGGAGAUGCACGGGGCCUUCCCGGACAGCGGCUUCCUGACUUCCGGCUCCGCGCCCUUUCAGGUCGAGAAAGAGCAGUGUCUGGGCUGUCCCGAGGCCCUUACCAGCAAGGAAGACGGCGCCCAUUUAAGCGACACCAGCUCCUACAACAUCGUCACCAAGCUGGAGAGGCCGCAGCUGUCCCCCGAGGCCAAAGCGAAGCCCGACAGGAACAGCCUCAGCUCGAAGAAGGGCCGGGUGUUCUGCACGGCCUGCGAGAAGACCUUCUACGACAAAGGCACCCUCAAGAUCCACUACAACGCCGUGCACCUGAAGAUCAAGCACAAGUGCACCAUCGAGGGGUGCAACAUGGUGUUCAGCUCCCUGAGGAGCCGGAACCGCCACAGCGCCAACCCCAACCCCCGGCUGCACAUGCCCAUGAACAGGAACAACAGGGACAAGGACCUCAGGAACAGCCUGAGCCUGGCCGGCUCUGAGAACUGCAAGCGCGCGGGGUUCACGGCAACGUCUCCGGGCCGCAGGCCGCUCCCCGGCUGCCCCGGGGCAGGCGAGGAUGCCAGGGGCCAAGCGGCCUUCCCGGGCGUCGGGCAGAACGGCGUGCUGUUCCCCAACCUGAAGACAGUGCAGCCGGUCCUCCCCUUCUACCGCAGCCCGGCCACCCCCGCGGAGCUGGCCAACACGCCCGGGCUGCUGCCUUCUCUCCCCCUGCUGUCUUCCUCCAUCUCUGAACAGCUGGUUUCCGGCGAAAUGCCAUUCGAUGCCCUGCCCAAGAAGAAGUCCCGGAAGUCCAGCAUGCCCAUCAAAAUAGAGAAGGAGACGGUGGAAAUAGCUAGCGAGAAGAGGCACACACUCAGCUCGGACGAAGACAUGCCCCUGCAGGUGGUCAGUGAGGAUGAGCCGGAGGCCUACAGUCCUCGGCCGGACAGGGGGCUGGAGGAGCAGCCAUCGGGACGCUUCGGGAAGCCCCUCCCCGAGGGGCAGAGGGCCUGCCACCUCCCGUUGGUGAUCGAGCCCAGGGGAGCCAUCAGCGGAAGCCCUGGGCGGGCCACACAAGACUCAGAGAGGGAGAUGGAACAGCAGCCGGAGCUGCCCACGGUGCCCAGGGAGGCGGAGGGCGGCGGCCGGGACCUCCACCUCCCACCCGGCAUGGAGCCCUGCGUCCCCUUCCCAGACUACGUCAGCCUGCAGCAGCGCCUGCUGGCUGGCGGGCUCUUCAGUGCCCUGUCCCCCCGAGGAGCGGCCUUCCCUUGUUUCGAAGACGCCAAGGACCUGGAGCACCCGGGCCCACACACGUCCGCGAGGCAGAGGGAAGACAGCCGCCACCAGUGUGGCAUCUGCCAGAAGACCUUCAAGAACGCUUGCGGCGUGAAGAUGCACCACAAGCACAUGCACGCCAAGGAGACGCACGCGUGCACGGUGGAGGGCUGCACAGCCACCUUCCCUUCCCUCAGGAGCAGGGACAGACACAGCUCAAACCUAAACCUGCACCAGAAAGUACUGCCCCAAGAAACCGUGGAGAGCAGCGAAGAGCAUUUCCGGGCCGCGUACCUCCUCAAGGAGGUGGCAAAGGACGCCUACCAGGACGUGGCCUUCGCCCAGCAGGCCUCCCAGACGUCCGUCAUCUUCAAGGGAACCAGUCGGAUGGGCAGCCUGGUGUACCCCAUGGCCCAAGUGCACGGCGCCGGCCCGGAGAGCUACCCCUCGGGGCCGCCCAGCGAGGGCGCCGUCCUGGACUUGAGCACGACCUCGAGCAUGAGGUCGGAGAGCAGCAGCCAGUCCUCCUGGGACUCCGACGGGGCCAGCGAGGAAGGCACCGUGCUGAUGGACGACAGCGACGGCACCUGCGACGGUCCCAGCCUCGGCCCCGGGGAGGACGAGUACCCCAUCUGUGUCCUGAUGGACAAGGCCGACCAGGGCCUCGCCGGCCUGCCCUCCGGGCUGCCCAUCACGUGUCACCUCUGCCAAAAGACGUACAGUAACAGAGGGACCUUCAGGGCCCACUACAAAACCGUGCACCUCCGUCAGCUGCACAAGUGCAAAGUUCCGGGCUGCAACACCAUGUUCUCGUCCGUGCGCAGCCGGAACCGGCACAGCCAGAACCCCAACCUGCACAAGAGCCUGGUGUCCUCUCCCAGUCACCUGCAGUGACGUGAGCGGAGACGCACAUGUCAGGUGUCAGGAGGAGCUGCCCACAGGUCCCGUCGCUAGCUUUAUUUGAAAGGUGUUUGAGUGGACUGUCUGUUCUUCCAUCGCAGGACGGGGCGGAAGACAAGCCCUGGGGGACGCCGACCAGGGCGCUGCCCCUCCUAUCGAGUUUCUUAACCCAAAGGUAUUUUCAGUAACGUGACGAAAACUCGAGGAAACAUGGCACAUCCUCUGGGUGGUGGCCAGGCCUGCUGAUCCAUCCAGGGCAGGGGCCCUCGGGCCUGGGGGGGGCCGUUUUGCUUGGCAUGAGGCUUUGCAGGAGUAAGGAUCCGCUGAGUGACCUGGCGUGGGAAGCAGGCUGUUGCCAAGGGUAACGAGCCAGCCCCAAAGAAUCCACGAUUUAGUUCCUGCUUUAAGGACUCUGAAAUGCAGACUUCAGUUUGGGAGUGUGGCUGUUGGAGACAGUCCCUCGUUUGGGGUGGAAAAUUGCUCCCCCCCCCCAACCCCGCCCAUGGAGGUCUCAUGCAGUAUGUCAGGGGGCCCUCAGGGGAAGCGUGUCGGCUUCCGGCGCCACAGAAACGCAAGCGUUGCCAGGGGUGUUAGUUCUCGCCCUGGGCCACGCAUUCCAGAAGCUAGUGGGGGAAGAUGGUGCACUUAAGAAGAGUGGUUUUCGAUUUAAUUUAAAAUAACGUGGCUAAUAUUUAAUUUGUGUUUAUAGUAUGUGAGCAUGUGGGGUAAGUGCAGACAGGUCACCGUGUGACCUUCUGGGCCUCGUUCGAGAGCAGCGCGGGCGACAACCUAACCUGUAAAACAAAACUGCUGACUGUGUCGCACCUGGUGAAGUUCAGAGUCCGACCCCCAUGGGCCCCGGGGUGGGGGGAGGCGGGGAAUGAACUCGGCAGGACUCUGGCGGGGACUGUCCGUGUGUAUCCUGCCCCCGCAGGGAGACAACGGCGUGGUUCUGAGGACCGUUGUCCACUCUCGAUGUCACCGGACCCCUCGGUCUUCACCCUUCAAAACCGUGUGAGAUGAGAAUGAACUGCCAGAUUUACCCAGUAGAAAGGAAAACCAGGAUGUUCUUGCCACGCUCUGUGUCUUAAUAUUUAACUUAUUCCGAGAUAUAUUCCACAUCACUGCCCACAUUCGCUGCUGUGGAAGGGAAGCCCACCCCAUCCCAUGGAGUGCGGCCGUCCCCUGAAAUCUGGCGCAUACAGAGCUCCGUGCUAGGGAGGAAGAAAUUUCCCUUGCGUUAAGACGUCAAGUGAACCAUCCUUUAAAGUUGCGGUUGGUUUCAGUAAUGAAAAACAUCUUAAAAGAGAAUUGGGGGCCGUAAGAGAGAGGGUCCUGUGGCUGAAAGGUGGAAAGGGGCCAAGAACCUGUUGCUGAUUAUCUCACCUUUAAAAAAAAAAAGACGAAACGUGACAACUGACAACGUGUCUCUGCUUCCGGGGAGACCUACCGUUCACCUCUUGUGUUACCCAGCUGGGCGGUAUCCCUGUCUCUCCAAACCAAAAAAAAUUUGUAUGAGUUUUCUAUGAUUUAAUAAAAGUGUAUGGCAUACGUCUCGUUG